GAAACCCAUAACAGAGCAAUUGGAAACAAAUUACAGGAAAUUAUGAAUGUAAAAAUAUACAAGAAACAUCUUGUAAUCAAUGAAAUUUUUCUAAAAUCAGAGAAUAUCGAAAUUCAAAUGUCAUUAGAAAUUUAAUGUUUUCUAUAAAAGUAACUUACCUCGAUAAAAUAUACUUCUGUGCAAUACAAAUCCUUUGGAGUUUUCAGUAAAUUAGUGUUUCUAUUUAUUCUAUUAGAUUUCUAUUUCAACGAGCGUCAUCGUUAAAAGUCACACUAAAUCACAAAAUUGCAGAGAAUAAAAAAACUUCGAAUUGAAGUACAUAUUUGUGAAAGGCUUGCCUAUAUUCGAUUAAGGUACGAUUAUACUUAAAAGUACCGCUUAUAUUUCUCAAAAUACCUGCAAAGAAGUUGAAGCUUUCUUGCCUGGUUUCAGGUUUACUUAAAAAUAUUUUUCAAAGGAUGUGUUCGCUGAAUUAUACAAAACUAUCUAGUUAGAUUCGAACCUAUUUGUAAUAUACAUACUUCAUUCCAUCUUUAACCUGUGGUAUUUUUGAUUGAAACCAAUUGAAACGUUAUUCCACGUAUGUAUAUGUACGUAUGUUACAUAUAAAAACACAGAAAAGAGCAUGAAUUGUGUACGCAUGCGCACCUGCUUUCGAUUAAACAGAUAGCGAAUUGUGCCGGAUUUAUUGUUGUCCAUAAUCAAUUGCAAAUUUGUAUUCGUAUUCGUGUUGAUGCGAGUUGUGAAAAAGAAACGUGACUAAGGAGAAUUCGCAGAAAUUUCUGCUUGAAAAAUUUUCUAAUGUAGAAACGCUGGGGAAUUUUGGACAGCGGAUAUAUGUUGCGAAGACGUCGGUGAGGAGCUUGACAAUUCUGCUAGUUUUUUAGUGAAAUUUAUUUUCAUAAUGGCACGUGUAAAAAGAUUACAGAAGGAACUUCGUGACCUAAGAACGUCGCCUAUGAAAAACUUCACAAAUAUCCAAGUUGAUGAAUCGAAUAUGCUCACAUGGCAAGGUCUUAUAUUGCCGGAUAAUCCACCAUAUAAUAAGGGGGCAUUUCGUAUUGAGAUUAACUUUCCAGCAGAGUAUCCUUUCAAGCCACCCAGAAUAAAUUUUAAAACAAAAAUAUAUCAUCCAAAUAUAAAUGAAAAGGGACAAAUAUGCUUACCGAUUAUAAGCGAUGAGAAUUGGAAACCAGCUACAAAGGCAGGCCAAGUUGUAGAAGCUUUGAUAGCUUUAGUAAAUGAUCCAGAACCAGAACAUCCAAUGAGGACAGAUCUUGCGGAGGAGUUUUUGAAGGAUAGGAAAAAGUUUGUAAAGAAUGCAGAAGAAUUUACAAAAAAGCAUGCAGAAAAAAGACGAGAGUCACCUUCUUCCAACGAAUAAUCGUGAAUGACUGGUCCUACUCACCAUGAUGCCUGCCACUCAUCAGUUAAUUUAAUUCAAGCCAACAUAGACUUAAUUGUUACAUGAUAAAUGACAUAAGAUAACAUUGAGCUAAUGUCAAUGGAACCUAUUAGCAUGAAACGAUUAUCGUAAAUGUACAUAAAUUUGUGUGAGUAUGGAAAAUCAUGCUACACUGUAAACGUAUUUUGAUGUUAACAUUCUGGUGACCAGAAAUCUAUUUAGGUGUGUUGAUGACUAAUUUCUCUUUGUUAGUGUAAAACAUUAAUUCAAAUAAAAUAUAUAUAGAUGUAUA